CCGCUUUUCUCCUCGCCAGCUCUUCACGUGGUGGAGUGAACGGAGCAGGGCUCCCCGGACGGACGAGGGGGUCAUGCAGAGGGCGUCCCGGCUGAAGAGAGAGCUGAGCCUGUUGGCCACUGAGCCGCCUCCCGGCAUCACCUGCUGGCAAGACACGGACCAGAUGGGUGACCUGCGAGCGCAAAUAAUAGGAGGGGCCAACACGCCUUAUGAGAAAGGCGUGUUCACGCUGGAAGUGAGCAUUCCUGAGAGGUACCCAUUUGAGCCUCCCCAGAUCCGGUUUCUGACUCCCAUCUAUCACCCCAACAUCGACUCGGCCGGGAGGAUCUGCCUGGAUAUCCUCAAGUUGCCGCCCAAGGGCGCCUGGCGGCCGUCGCUCAGCAUCGCCACGGUGCUGGCUUCCAUCCAGCUGCUCAUGGCAGAGCCCAACCCGGACGACCCGCUCAUGGCCGACAUCUCCUCGGAGUUCAAGUACAACAAGCCCGUCUUCCUCAGCAACGCCAGGCAGUGGACAGAGCAGCACGCGAGACAGAAACAGGGGGACGAGGAGGUGCCGGGGAAGCCGCCUGCGGCCGGCGAUGCAGGAGCACACGGCACGGCACAGAAAAGGAAGGCGGGGCCGCCGGGAGGCCCGGGAAAGAGGUUCUGCGAUGGCGUCUAGGGCCCGGGCCCGGUCCAGCUUGCCCGCCUGUCCCCCAUGUUCUCUGCACGGGACGGCACGAUCGUUUCUGCAUCUCGUCAAACAGACGUCGUUUAUAUUUAUUU